UACUUAUGAGGCAGUGUUUGUAUGUAAGCAAUCUUCCACUCUAAAUGCAGGAAGCAGAAUUCGGGCUAGCAGUAAACACCGUAAAGGUCUUCUACAUCGACGAGUAAACUGAACAUAGCUGACGGCAUUACUGUACAACCCUCCGCAAAUUUGAGCAUUUUUGGACGUUUUUCUAAUGUUGUAUUUAUUUUCAUUUGUUGGUGUAAACAUGAUAUAUUUCUAUACUGUAUGUGCAAAUUUUUUUUUUACAUUUUUGUGACAAACAGUACUGUCUGCGAUGUCUGUGGUGUAGUGUUUGAAGGUAUCUACACCUGUAUAUAAUGUAGGUAAACCUGACUACAAAGCCACGCAGUGAGGGUUGUACAUCUACCUGUAUCUAUAUAUGUACGCCACUAGCUAGAAAACACGAGGAGUCCCUCGCCGUAUGGUGUACUCUGCAUACAGCGCGUAUAUAGCACGAGGCGUUUAAAUGUUCAAACUUGAAGUGUUUGCCGCAGUAAAGAUAGUGCCUCAUCUCAAUUUUAAUGGGAAAACCUGUAUCACAUUAACAAGACAUUGAGCAUCAACAGACAUGUCAUCUAAUUCAACAGCGUCAGCCUUUUCGUCAUCUAGCAUCGGAACAAUAGACAUCAUCGUCAUUGUCAUCUAUCUAGUCUUCUGUCUGGCUACAGGGAUAUGGGCUACACUCAGGACAGACCGAGGCAGUGUCAGUGGCUAUUUCUUAGCUGGCCGGGAUAUGCUCUGGUUUGCGAUAGGUGCUUCACUCUUCUCGAGCAACAUUGGUAGCGGCAGUUUUGUGGGGUUAGCAGGUACAGGCGCGGCAAACGGAAUCGCUGUGGCUAGUUACGAAUUGAAUGGACUGUUCUGCUUGCUGCUGAUGGGAUGGUUCUUUGUACCAAUCUACAUUUCUAGUGGGGUAUUCACACUACCCGAGUACUUGAUGAGGCGGUUCGGAGGACAACGUCUCCAGAUAUAUAUGUCAGUUUUAGCCCUUCUUAUAUAUGUUUUCACCAAAAUAUCUGUGGACAUGUUUGCGGGCACUAUAUUCAUUCAGCAGGCAGUAGGAUGGGACCUGUACGCGGGGGUGUUCCUGUUGCUUGGAAUAUCCGCACUCUAUACUAUAUCAGGAGGAUUAAAGGCCGUGAUGUAUACUGACACGUUACAAACAGUGAUAAUGGUGGCGGGAUCUCUUGUCCUUAUGGUGAUCAGUUAUGUAAAAGUAGGAGGUAUAGAAAAAAUAUACGCCGAGUUCCACCGUGCUAUCCCGGACCAACGGAUUAAUGGCUCCACAUGUGGUAUACCUCCCGCAAACGCCUUCCAUUUACUGCGAGACGCCUCCUCUGCCGAUCUCCCUUGGCCGGGAAAUGUGUUUGGGAUCACGAUACUGAGUGCCUGGUACUUCUGCUGUGACCAGGUCUUAGUACAAAGAACACUGUCAGCGAAGAAUAUGCACCAUGUAAAGGGUGGAUCAAUUCUUGGUGCCUACCUCAAGAUACUGCCCUUAUUUACAACAGUGUUUCCUGGUAUGAUCAGCCGAAUCCUUUUCAAAGACCAGGUUGGAUGUGUUGACCCCAAAAUCUGUAAACAGGUCUGCGACAAUGAAGCCGGUUGUACCAACAUCGCUUACCCUAAACUGGUUGUUGAACUGAUGCCAGAAGGCCUGAAGGGUCUGAUGCUAGCAGCUAUGAUGGCGGCCUUAAUGAGUUCCCUCACCUCAGUAUUCAACAGUACCAGCACAAUUUUUACAAUGGAUAUAUGGAGAAGGAUACGUCCGAGGUCUUCAGAUGGCGAGCUUUUGGUCGUAGGAAGGUUAUUUGUACUUGUUCUCGUCGUUGUGAGUAUUAUAUGGAUCCCAGUUUUACAAGCAUCUCAAGGAGGACAACUCUUCAACUACAUUCAGUCUGUCAGUGGGUACCUUGUUCCACCGGUUCUCUCCCUUUUCCUGCUGGCGAUAUUAUGGAGCCGCACAAACGAAUCCGGAGCCUUCUGGGGUUUGAUGGUGGGGCUACUUGUUGGAUUAAUCCGUCUCGGGCUAGACUUCGGUUAUGGGUCCCCAGCCUGCGGCGAAGAGGAGUUUAGGCCUUCAAUUAUUGCAAAAGUUCAUUUCUUACACUUUACAAUAAUCCUGUUCUUCAUCAGCCUGUUUACGACUAUAAUUGUAUCAAUUCUAACGCCACCGAUACACCCACAACACUUAGUGAGACUAACGUGGUGGACACGUCACAGCACCAUUGAGAGGGUUCCAUUUAAAGAGGAAGAGAAGACGAACAAGAUCUAUGAGGAGGCGAAACAAAACAGGAUCACUGAGCUCAAGGAGAAACCAAAGGUGGUGAUCCCCAGAUGGAAGUCUGUUGUCUACCUUAUAUGCGGAUAUAAACCCCCUAAAGAGGUCCUCGAAUCAGAAGAAAAUAACGAAGUUAAAAAGAGCAUGCUGAUUGAUAUCAGGGAGGUACCUAAGUGGAAAAUGUUUGUCAACAUCAACGGAAUCCUACUGAUGACGAUAGGCAUGUUCCUGUGGGGAUUCUUCGCCUAGUCCAGUCUAUCAAUUUGUUCACGUAUGUCUCUUAUGAAAUAAAUAUGAUGUCUCUUUAUCUGUCUUCAUUGUGUUGAGCCAUUGCCAAUAUCCUUGCUAUCAGAUCAUUUGAAGAGAUCAAUUCCGUAUGUCAUUAUAUGUGUUCAAUAAAGUGAGAAUAUGUUU